AUGUUUGGCCGGUCCAAGGUGCAAGAGCUCACGAAGAAGCCGUCGAGCAUCACGGUCGGGAAGCCGGCGCUGGCCAAGAAGACGACCGACGGACCGCGGAAGCCCGUCCAUGCGCUCGGGGUCGAUGCGACGCACCUCCAGCCGGGUGCGCGGGUGUGGGUCCCGGACAGCAAGGAGCUCUGGCGCGUCGGCGAGAUCGAGACGCUCCUGCCCGAUGGCAGCGCCAAUGUCUUCGUCCCCGACAGCCCCGAUGACAAGCACCAGGUCGUAGCGACGGCGGCCAUGCUAGCGUUCGAUCCGUCGCACUUGGUGGACCACACGGAUAUUGCGCAGAUGAACAACAUGCACGAAGCGCCGCUCCUGAGCGUGCUCCACCGGCGGUACCUCGCGGACGCGAUCUACACGUUCACGACCGACAUCUUGAUCUCGGUGAACCCGUACAAGAGCAUUCCACUGCUGUACGACGUCACGGGCUUCAUGGAAGCCACCAAGACGCAAGCCGACUGCGAAAUCAAGAAGCCCCAUUUGUUUACGAUCGCCGAAAAGGCGUACCGGGACAUGCGCAACGCGCGGUGCGGCGAGACGAACCCGCAGUCGAUCGUUGUGAGCGGCGAGAGCGGGGCGGGCAAGACCGAAGCGUCCAAGCACAUCAUGAAGUAUCUCGCGGUCGCGAGCAAGCUGGCUGAAGGUGGGAAGACGUCCAAAGCCGAUGCGUCGCUGCACGAGAAGAUCGAAGAGUGCGUCCUACUCUCCAACCACGUCCUCGAGUCGUUUGGCAACGCCAAGACGUCCCGAAACGACAACAGCAGCCGGUUUGGCAAGUACAUUCAGAUCCUCUACAACGGCGACGGGCGCAUGAACGGCGUUGCGAUCAAGCACUUUUUGCUCGAGAAGACGCGCAUCGUGGCGCCCGAGACCAACGAGCGCAACUACCACGUUUUUUACCAGAUGCUUGCCGGCUUGGAUGUCAACGAACGGGCCGCGCUCGAGCUCCAGGAUGCGGCUCACUAUGAUUUCUUGACAUAUGGCAACUGCCUCGAGAUCGACGGCGUCGACGAUGCGAGCGACUUUCGCGUCCUUCGCGCAUCGAUGACCCAGCUCGGCUUUACGCCGUCAACGCAGCAAGAGAUCUUCCAGGUGCUUGCCGGCAUCCUGAAGCUCGGAAAUGCACGGUUUACCCUCCGUUCCGACGAUCGCGAGGCGUGCCAGUUUGCCACGAGUGCGUCGUACGGUUUGUCGUCGCUACUCUCAUGCUGCUGCAUAGACGUCCCCGUGGCCAAGAUUGCGGGGCUGUUCCGCGUCGCGGCCGAUGAGCUCGAGGACAAGAUGACGACCCAAACCACGGUGACAGGUCGCGGUUCGAUCCUCCGCAUCAAGCUCUCGUGCGACCAAGCCGAGGUCGCCAAGCAAGCAUUGUGCAAGUAUCUCUACGGCGAGAUCUUCAACUACAUCAUCAGCCGUCUCAACGCCAUGUGUGGCGAGCACACCAAGCCUGGAAAGCACCCGUUCAUCGGCAUCCUCGACAUUUUUGGGUUCGAGAUCAUGCCUACCAACAGUUUUGAGCAGCUCUGCAUCAACUUUGCCAACGAGAUGCUCCAACAGCAGUUUAACCGCCAUGUCUUUGUCUUGGAGCAGGAGCGGUAUGCGUCGGAAGGCAUCUCGGUCUCGGUCAUCGAAUUCAAAGACAACCAGGAGUGUUUGGACUUGAUCCAAAAAUCCCCUGCGGGUAUCUUUCCACUUCUGGACGAGCAAAUCAUGCUCAAGCGCAAGACCACGGACCGUCAGCUCCUCAACAUCUACCACCAGACGCAUCUGGACAAACACCCGCACUACGCCAAGCCCCGCUUCGAGUCGGACGAUUUCGUCAUCAAGCACUACGCAGGCGACGUCACAUACUCGGUCCAUGGGUUUGUCUCCAAGAACACAGACAACCUCCACGAAGAUUUGGUUGAAUUGCUUCGGACGAGCCAGUUGCCGGUGCUAAGUGCGAUCUUUGCGCCCGCGCCGCAGCCGAUUUCGUUGCGGCACUGCGAGAGCAGCGGCACACCGACGCACCGUCGCCAAGUGAGCGUCGCCCUCGUCGGUUCCAACACGGUCGCGAGCAAGUUUCGCACACAGCUCACGGGCCUCAUGGAGAUGCUCGGCAGCACGACGCCCCAUUACAUCAAGUGCAUCAAGCCCAACAACAUCAAAUUUGCCGGCGGCUUUAGCUCGCAGCUCGUGCGCGACCAGCUCGUGUACGGCGGCAUCCUGGAAGUCAUCAAGAUUCGGCAGCAAGGCUACCCUAUUCGCCGGCCCUUUGACGACUUUUACCAGACGUUUGCGAUGCUGUUGCGGGGCCGGCGUCGCGCCGAGGGACCGGCCACCGACACGACGGAGCUUGUCCGAGCGAUUUGCGAGUCGGCACUGCUGCCAAAUGCGUUCCAGAUUGGCAAGCGCGAGGUGUACCUGCGCUACGGACAGCUCGAGCUACUGCAGUCGGUCUUGACUGGCAUCAAGGGCGAGAUUGCAACUGUGCUGCAGUCCAAGUUUUGGCGUUGCCACUCGCUUCGCAAGCGCUAUCAGCAGCUUCGCACGCGCGUCAUUACGCUCCAAGCCAAGUGGCGUCAGCGAGCGGCCACAAAGUCGUAUGCGGCUCUUCAGCACUACACACGCAAGCUCCAGGCGAAUCGACGCUGCAAGGCGCUGUCGCGCCUGUAUGCGCGCAAACAAGCCGCAGCGAUCCGGCUGCACGCGAUUGCCCGGGGGUUUGCCACUCGCCAGCGGCUUGUGCGGCAGGCCAAGAUGCAGACCGCCGCCAUUGCCAUCCAGCGCAUUGCGCGGGGAUUCCUCCAGCGCACCAAGGCGGAGCGCGCGCUGCGCUGCCGUAUCCAGAGCGCCGUAAUCCUCCAAGCGCGCUUCCGGGGCUACCUCCAGCUCCGCCGCUUCCACCGCAUGUACGAGUCGGCUGUGACGAUCCAAGCAUUGUUCCGUGCGCAUCGCAACCGACAGCAAUACCUCCGCGGCAAGGCUGCGAUGGUGGCGUCCCAAGCGCUCAUUCGCAAGAUCCUGCAGCGGAAGCGCUUCAUGCACCAGCGCCGCAUGGUCAUUCGUCUUCAAGCAUUUGCACGCAUGGUGCCACCUCGUGGUCGCUACAGCCGGCUACGCACUGCGACCGUCCUCGUUCAAAGUCGACGCCGCGGCUACACCCAGCGGCGCCGGUACCUGGCGCAACAGCACGCCCGCGCCACGUUGCAAUCGCACCUUGUCAUGUACGUGCACAAGCGACGCUUCCACGUGCUCCGUUGCAGCACGGUCCGCAUUCAGCGGGCGCUACGCGUGUACUUGAGCCGCCGCGCGUACAUGUACGCGCAGCGAAGUGUGCGCAAGCUGCAACGCACCGUGCGGGCCUAUCUGCGUCGUCGCCGUCUCGCGACAACGCUCCAGCACCUUCGUGACGCGUGUGUCCGGCGCGACGCGGAUGCCGUGAUCCUCGCGCUCCGUCUCUCGCCCGAGUACGUCUACAUCCGGCACAAGGCCGCCGAGAUGCGGUCGCUCCUCCACGUUGCCGCGUGCGCCGGGGAUCUGAACGUAGUCAAGUACAUUUGCUUGCACGACCUUGACACGCUUCAUGCACGCAACGCAGUGGGGCACACUGCGCUUCAUGACGCGUGCUUGGCCUCGCGCUUGGACGUGGUCAAGUUUCUCGUCUCAUUUGCCGCCGAGAAGGCGCCCAUGGACCCGGCCUUCGAUAACGGCGAUGAACGAUGCAUGACGGACAGCCGCCGGCUCCGCGAAGCGUCCAAGUCGUACAUUACCAGCGCCGUCGAUGCCAACGGCGUCACCGUGCACACGGGGUUCCUCAAAAAGCGCCGCGAAGCCUCGCGUUGGUCCAAGCGCUUUGUCGCGCUUCGCAACACGCAGAACGUGCCCGAGCUGCACUACUUCAAGUCGAAAUCGCAGACCAAGAGUGACAAGGUCCUCGACAUGCGCAAAGCGCUCUUCAAGAAAUGCGCCGACAUUCCAUUUGCGUUUGAAGUGCACUCGCCCGAGCUCCUCGAAGGACGCAACCGCGAGGGUCGGCUCUACUUUCAGGCCGAGAGCGAGCUCGAGCUCCAAACGUGGCUUGCGUGCCUUCGCGACACCGUGCCCACGAGUCUCGAACACCGGCUCUUUGCGAUGCAGCGUUCGAGUGCGAGCAUGCACUUCGUGAGUCGGUCGCAGCAGCAAGCGUGGUGCAACGUGCCGACGCGCGACGGGGACAGCCCACUGCACCUCGCCGUCCUUGGUAAGACGACGGCCGACCCGCGGGACGCUGUCAAGGCCGCGCUGUGGUUUCUCGAGAACACGGCGUCGGUCGACAAGCUGCCGUCAUCGCGAAAGAAGUCGCUUAAGCAAGUGAUUCAAGAGACGAACCAAGUCCUCUCGCCACUCUUGAGCCCGACGACAAAGCUCGACUCGGCCGAGAUCGACGCCAUCAAGCUCGUUCUCUGGCUCAUCGAGCACGGCGCCGACAUGAACCUCGUCUCGAGCGUAGCCAAGAAGACGCCGCUCAAGCUCGCGAUUGAGCGCAACUACCACACGCUCGCCAAGUUUUUGCUGGAUCGAGGCGCGACGACGGCCGAGCUCUCGCCGUUCGAACUCACAGUCGUCCAGUCGCUCAAAGCCGAGCUCGCCAAGAUUGUCGUCACGAGCGUCCAGUCGAGCGCGUCAAAGAAAGGGGAGGCACCGAUGGUCUUCCUCAUGAAGCAGCCCGGCCUCGUGCGCCAUAGCUCGUACCUCUCCGUCUACGUCGAGCAGAUUGGCUUGCCAAACGCCCAGCACCUCUCUCGUCCGCGCGUCAUCGUCUCCGUCUACGACGUGUCGAAAAACUUGAUUGAGAAGAAGCAGCUCGUGACGUGUCUGCCGCUGGCCCAAACCUCGCUGCUCUACUAUGGCUUUACGUGGUUUAUGCAGACACCGUUCGAGAACCUCCCAUCCGGUGCGUUUAUUGUGCUUGAAGUCCAAGCCGCGUCCAAGCUCGCGGAUGACAUGCCGAGCUCGCCCAAGUUCAACGAGACGCAGGACAUUUGCUGGACGUUCAUCCACAUUGACCAGCGCUCGACGACGACGUGUGCGCUCAACGCCGAAAUGUACGCGCAUCCCGUCGACCUCAAGUUCAAGAAGCUCCAACGCUUUGACGCGUUCGUAUCGGGCGACAUCUCUGUCCUCCACGGCUAAGACACUCGGUCAUCAAUGCAUAUCUCUGCCUACGU